AUGGAGGCCUUCCAGAAGAAUUCCACUUGGAAGAUGACUAUCCUUCAAAGACUGGUGGCAGAAGGUUACACUCAGACUUAUGGGGUUGACUAUGGGGAGACCUUUGCCCCUGUAGCCAAGAUCAACACAAUUCGAGUACUUCUUUAUCUGUCAACAAACCUAGACUGGCCAUUGCACCAGUUUGAUGUCAAAAAUGUCUUCUUGCAUGGCGACCUAAAAGAAGAAGUCUAUAUGAAUUCCCCUCCAGGAUGCAAGAUGGGGACCAAUACAGGUAACAUGGUGUGUAAAUUGAGAAAGUCUCUUUAUGGAUUGAAGCAAUUACCUAGAGCAUGGUUUGGAAAGUUUAGCAAAUCAAUGAAGGAUUUUGGAUACAAGCAAAGUAACUCGAAUCAUACACUUGUCUUGAAAUUUAAGAAAGGUAAAGUCACUACCCUUAUUGUAUAUGUUGAUGACAUGGUAGUUACGGGGAAUGACCCAAAGGAAAAGGCAGCAUUGUAG